GGUUGAUCUAUUCGCCUGCUGUUCUUCAGUGGGCUACUCUGCUCAGGGACCCAAAACUCUCAUCCCAAACCCUCCUCCUUGGGAAUUGCCGUACAGUUAUAAAACCGCACAGCGCUCUCUCUCUCUACCCCCUCACCCCCAUCCCUGGCAGUGAUAUCGCCAGAUGAUAGGGUGUUAGGCUCGACAAUCCUCCCAUUUCGAGUGAGAUUGAUUUCAAAUGUCUUCGUUGACAGUGAAACCUUCAUUUCCAGCACAAUCGUCGUCGUCAUCUUCUUCUUCUUCUUCGCCGGUUCUCGUUUCGUGUCGAAGUAAUCGCCUGCGUUCUUCAGUCAGCUUCCGGAGAAAGGUAAACAACGUAGGGAGGUUCUCUUUGAGAGCUCAGUCUCAAGAUUCGUCGCAGAAUAACAAAACUUCUAACGCCAGCGAUUCCAAAGCCCCUAACGGCACUCUGAAGAGCAGGAGGGAAAUACUAUUGGAGUAUGUAAAAAAUGUGCAGCCAGAGUUCAUGGAGUUGUUUGUGAAAAGGGCGUCCCCACAGGUAGUUGAUGCAAUGCGCCAAACAGUGACAAAUAUGAUUGGGACACUACCGCCUCAGUUCUUUGCAGUGACAGUAACCACUGUUGCAGAAAAUCUAGCGCAACUCAUGUACAGUGUUUUGAUGACCGGUUAUAUGUUUAGAAAUGCACAAUAUCGGUUGGAAUUGCAACAAGGUUUGGAACAAGUUGCUCUACCAGAGGUGCAAGAUAAGAAGGAUUUGCCAGAUUAUGCACCGGGCACACAAAAAAAGGUAUCUGGUGAAGUUAUCAGGUGGAAUAAUGUUUCUGGUCCUGAGAAAAUGGAUGCAAUGAAAUAUAUCGAGUUACUUGAAGCAGAAAUUGAGGAACUUAAUCGUCAAGUAGGUCAGAAAGCUGCAGAUGGACAGAACGAAUUGUUGGAAUAUCUCAAGUCUCUUGAGCCUCAAAAUCUUAAGGAAUUAACUAGUAGUGCUGGAGAGGAUGCUGUGCUGGCAAUGAACACGUUCAUAAAACGCCUCUUGGCUGUUACAGAUCCUGGACAGAUGAAGACGACUAUGACAGAGACGAGCGCUCCGGAACUUGCAAAUCUGCUCUAUUGGCUGAUGGUAGUUGGGUACAGCAUUCGCAACAUUGAAGUUCGUUUUGAUAUGGAACGAGUCCUUGGCACCCCACCAAAGCUUGCGGAGUUGCCUCCAGGCGAGAACAUUUAAGCCUCUGGCCAAGCUGCUGCAAAUAAUUGAAAUCGACGAAUUGGAUUAGGAGAACGCUCACCAAGGCCUAUGUUGCGAUGCUGGGUGAUCAAUUUGUUGAAGAAAAUGGAACAGAAAAAGACUAACUGUUCUCAGUUGUUCUUUUUCAUAUUUAUAGCAAGACUGACAAGAAAAUAUCUGGGCGGUUUAUCAACAUGCCGGCCUCUAAAAUUUAUUUAGAAUGUGUACGAUGAAAAUCUGAAAUCAUAUAACAUCAGUCUCUCAGUUACUUGUUCA